ACGUGUACAGGAUGAACAGCAACGUGGACGUAUGGACAGCAACAGGAACAGCAACAUGUACGGUAUGGACAGCAACCUGGACGGUAUGGACAGCAACGUGGACAGUAUGGAAAGCAACGGGAACAGCAACAUGUACGGUAUGGACAGCAACCUGGACGGUAUGGACAGCAACCUGGACGGUAUGGACAGCAACGUGGACAGUAUGGAAAGCAACAUGGACAGCAACGUGCACAGUAUGGACAGCAACGUGCACGGUAUGGACAGCAACGUGCACGGUAUGGACAGCAACGUGCACGGUAUGGACAGCAACGUGGACCGUAUGGAAAGCAACAUGGACAGCAACGUGCACAGUAUGGACAGCAACGUGCACGGUAUGGACAGCAACGUGCACGGUAUGGACAGCAACGUGAACAGCAACGUGGACAGCAACGUGGGCAGUAUGGAAAGCAACGUGAACAGCAACAUGCACGGUAUGGACAGCAGCGUGCACGGUAUGGACAGCAACGUGGACAGUAUGGAAAGCAACGUGAACAGCAACAUGCACGGUAUGGACAGCAGUGUGCACGGUAUGGACAGCAACGUGAACAGCAGCCUGUACAAUAUGGACAGCAACGUGUACGGUAUGGACGGCAACAUGGACGGUAUGGACAGCAAUGUGGACAGCAAGGUGUACAGUAUGGACAGCAACCUGGACGGUAUGGACAGCAACGUGCACGGUAUGGACAGCAACGUGUACGGUAUGGACAGCAACGUGUACGGUAUAGACGGCAACAUGGACGGUACGGACAGCAACGUGGACAGCAAGGUGUACGGUAUGGACAGCAACCUGGACGGUAUGGACAGCAACAUGGACAGCAACGUGUACAGUGUGGACGGCAACGUGCACGGUAUGGACGGCAACGUGCACGGUAUGGACGGCAACGUGCACGGUAUGGACGGCAACGUGCACGGUAUGGACGGCAACGUGCACGGUAUGGACGGCAACGUGCACGGUAUGGACGGCAACGUGCACGGUAUGGACGGCAACGUGAACAGCAACGUGGACAGUAUGGACAGCAGCGUGCACGGUAUAGACGGCAACGUGAACAGCAACAUGUAGAGUAUGGACAGCAACGUGGACAGUAU